AUGUCACCAAGAAAUUGGAGUCCUACAACCAAACAGACUCAUGGUUCUGAUGCAAUAAGCACAGACAAAUAAGAUUUUGGAAUGCAAAAAUCAUUGCUAAUUGGAAUCCAAUUAUCAACUCACUUCCAAACAUCAGUGCACUUAAAAAUUAACCAAGAAAAUUAUACGAGAGCAACAUUCAAUGUUUUAUUUAUAUUUCUAUUAUGUAGAUCUAUUGUUCAAUAUUCUAAUGAUCUAUCAUUGCAAGUGUAAGUAAGUGAUAAGGUAAAUUUGAUAAUUUAUUAAUAACAUUUGUUAAACAACUCAGAACUCUAAGUAUACAAAUUGUGCACAUUAAUUGAUCAUCAUCAAAGCGAGAUCCUUUCAGUUACGAUAUCUCCUUGCAAUCAAUAUAUCGGCACUACAUCCAAAGACAAAACAGCAAUAAUAUUUGAACUACGAAAGAACAAACAAUUAGUAUUAAAUGCUCAUCAGAGUGCAGUCUAAGAUAUGAUUUGGGUUUUGUAACAUAAUGUCGUGAAUGGCAAUAGUAGUGCCAAUAUUCAACAUUCGAAACAGGAUUAAUAAGAAUCACUCUUUCAAAGUAAUUAGACAUCAACUACUCUAAAAUUAUUAAAGUACAAGAUAUGGACUAUUGCCAACGAUGGCUGGCUAUUUGGAUGGGAGUAGGGAAAUAAGAUUUACAGUCUUAAGACUGAGGAGAAGGUGAAAAGAAUGCAUUAUGAUCAAAAUCAGGAUUCCCUAAUUAUUGUAAGUGAAUACAAGUUAUCAAUCUACUAAUUAUCAAAAAAGCAAUUGAUUCGACAACUUAGUUUGAAUGAUCAAAUUAUAGAUGUGAAAAUUGAAAAAGCACAAACCUUUUUAAUUACCAUGACCAAAAAUAUCAAUUAUCAAUUCACCUAUUAUUCCCUACCCAAUCUUGAAUUUGUGAAGAUGUUUAUAGAACAUAAUCCAAAAUUGCUCAUUAAAUAAUUUGAUAUCGGGUGGCAUCAUAAUAAUUUAAUAGUUUGUUGUACUAAUGAAGGAGUUACCAUAAUGUGGCAUAUCUAAAAAGGAUAAUUGCCUUUCUUUCGAAAAUAAGUACUUUAUUAUCCAAUUAAUACAAUAAGAUUCACAAAGGCCCCAUAAGUUUAGUUAGUAUAGAGCCUCUGA